AUGCCGACGUGGCUGAGUGUGGCUGAAAAGCCAAGCGUUGCGAAGGAGUUGGCGCACAGCCUUUGUGGCGGAAACUGCCACACCAUUGCCUCCUUGUCCCGCUUUAACCCUGUAUUCGAGUUCAGCUUUGAAGGCAAAACGAUGUUGGUCACCUCCGUCUCCGGCCAUCUCAUGGAGGACCAGUUUCCGCCCAACACCAAGAACUGGGCCUCGUACCCAUUUCAGGGUCUCUUCAGCGCAAAGAUCACCAAGUACGUACGCGCCGACCUCGAGCCGGUCAAGAAGAACCUGGAGGCUCUUGCAAGUCGAGCUGACACCCUCGUCCUGUGGCUGGACUGCGAUCGCGAAGGCGAAAACAUCUGCUUUGAGGUGAUGCAAGUCGUGCAGAGCAAAAGGCCCCGUGUGCAGGUGAAGCGAGCUCACUUCUCCGCCCUCACCUCCCGCGAUCUGCUGCACGCCGUGCACAACUUGCAGGCCCCCAAUAAGCGCCUUUCGGAGGCGGUGGAGGCGCGUCAAGAGAUGGACCUGCGCAUAGGGGCGGCUUUUACGCGCUACCAAACCGUCAAGUUCCGCCACCUGUUUGAGGAGAUCCCUGGGGUGUUAAGCUUCGGCCCCUGCCAGUUCCCGACGCUAGGCUUCAUCGUGCGGCGGCACUGGCAACAGCAGGGUUUUGUACCUGAGGAGUUCUUCACGCUGAGCGUCCAGCACGGCGACACAAAGUUCCACAGCAGUCGUGGCUCCAUGUACGAUCAGGUGGCGGCGACGCUCGUCUACGAAAGCAUGUUGCAGACGGCUGCAGAGGAAGGCCACACGGGCCGCAUUACAGACGUGCAGCAGCGCCCAAGUCAUCGACGACCGCCCGUUCCGCUCGCCACGGUGGUGAUGCAGAAACUCGCCGCCACGCACUUGCGCAUCUCAUCUGAGCGGUGCAUGACACUGGCCGAGUCGCUCUACCAAGAAGGUCUCAUUUCCUACCCCCGCACGGAGACGGACUCGUACACCUUCCAACAAAACGAACUACUCGAUUUGGUGCGCGCGCAGACAUCGAACGCCGACGUGGCGGACUUCGUCCAUGCGAUGUUGGCGGACACGGCUACCCGUGUGCGUCCCCCGCUACGCGGCGGUCACAACGACAAGGCCCACCCGCCGAUACACCCCACCAAGGCGUGGAAUGCGACGCAGGAGGAUCGCGGGAAGCUGUACAACUUAAUUGUGCGCCACUUCCUCGCCUCCCUGUCGCCCGACGCCGUGGCAGCAACGACGCGCGUGUCGGCCGAGUUCGGCGGUGAAGUCUUCAGCGCCGGCGGCACCACCAUCGUCCAGCGCGGGUGGUUGGAUGUUUUCCCCUACGAGCGGUGGAACAACACCCUCAUCCCAAACUACCAAGCUGGCGAGGCUUUUGAGCCGUCUGCGGUCCACCUCAGCAAAGGCUGCACCGCGGCCCCACCGCACCUGAGCGAGACAAACCUCAUUUCCCUGAUGGACAGCAACGGCAUCGGCACGGAUGCCACCAUCGCCCAGCACAUCAAGACCGUCCUCGACCGAGAAUACGUGAGGCGUGAGGGACAGGCGCUGGUGCCGACGCGGCUCGGCAUCGCACUGGCGUCCGCCUACGAGGCACUAGGCCUCGGCAGUCUCCUCCAGCCGCAGCUGCGUGCCCAGAUGGAGCUGGCCAUGGGCGACAUCGCCAACGGCGGGGCGACAAAGGAGCAGGUGGUGGCGGCCGCCGUGCAGCUCUACGAGGAGAUCUUUAGUCGUCUUUCUGCCAGCACGGCGGCCUUCUAUGAAGAGCUGAAGCGUCAUCUUGGGCCCGCUGCAGCUGCCGGCGGCGAUUAUCGUGACGCCACACUUGCAGAUGCAACAGCAGCCGUAACCGGACCGGCGACGGUGGUAGCCGCCGGCCUGAGUGGUUGUGGGUCAUGUGACCGCCGGAUGGACCUCGUGGAGUGCCACGGCGAGCGCGAGGUGUGGGCGGUGCGGUGUGAUGGGUGCAGCAAGUCGUAUCGCGUGCCAAACGGUCGUCUCAACACACUGGAACCGGUGACGCCGCCGCACCGGUGCCCGCUUUGCGGGUUCGCGGUGUUGCGUGUGACAAACCGCGACAAGCAGACCUCCUACACCGUCUGCCCCUACUGCUUCACGCACCCGCCCACCGCGGGGUCGACGAGCGGCGUAGUGCCGGACAUGGAGGCGACCGCUGAGUUUCGCUGCUUCCAGUGCAUGGCAGACUGUCCACUGGCGAAGGGUCUCGAGUCGAUUGGCAUUACGCCGUGUAUCGCGUGUCGGCAGAACGAACUGCGGCUGCGCGCGAGCUCCAACGGCUACUUCCUCUCCUGCAAAGGCUACCCGAGCUGCAGCCUGCUCGUGUCGCUCCCUGCGGCCACCGCAGUGAAACCCUGUCCCACGCAGCGGUGUCCCUCGUGCAACGCAGUCCUCCUCACCUUUGAUUUUCGUGGGGUGCAGGGUGUGCCGGGUCUGAAUACGGUGGAUACCAUCUGCGUGAGCUGUGACGCACGCAUCAAAGACUACAUCUCCGUCAAGGGCUUUCCCGCUGCGGGCAGCAACUCGGCUGGGGCGGGAGGCAACGGUAACGGCAGCAACGGCGGCCCGUCCAACGCCGCAUACACGCUGCCCUCCGUUGUCGCCGCCGCGGCCUCCGGUCGACGCGGGGGUGGCGGCGGUAAGAAGAGCAGUGCCGGUGCUGCUGCUUCCGUGAACAAAUCGGGUGAUGGCGCAGGUGCGAUGUGCGGGUGCGGGGUGCCGGCGAAGCAGCUGGUGUCUCGCAAGGAGGCAUCGAAAGGCAAGCGCUUCUUAACCUGCGCCAACCGACAGUGUGGUUUCUUUCAGUGGCUAGACUGA